AUGACCCAAGAUAUAGUUGAUAGUAUUAUUUCUAAAGACUUAAAAGCCUCAGGAAUUGCUAGAAUUUUUAUUUUAGCUGACCCAGAAAAUUGUAUAAAAAUCCAAAAAAGUUUAAUUGCUUUUAAUAUGAAUAAAUCUGGAUAUGCUAUUUUGCUUGGCCACUCAUGCUUAAACAAUGGAAUAAUUGAUGGAUCUUUAAUGGUUUUGCCAAGCUAUGAUAUUAAUUCAAUUUCUGAAAAAGAAUCUUAUAUUAAUAGCUUGAGCUAUAGGGGUUUUCCCUAUAAGGGCUGUGGGUUCUCAGUGGAAUCCCUCUGUUGGUCAAACCAACUCAGUGCGUUGGUUUGACUAAUUCACUGGUUGGCUCAACCAGCAGAGGGAUUCCACGGAGAACCCACGGCCGUUAUCGGGCUAUAUAGGGAAAAACACCUAUAUUUUAUAAAUGAAUUUUCCAGAAUAAAGGUACAAAAUAAAUCUCUUUUUUUGCAAAAAUAUAGAGAUUUAACAGAGAAUUUACUAUUUAACUUUACUGUUAUGAAUAUAAGAAAUAAAAUAGCAGUAAAAAUAGGAGAAAUAAGCAAUUUUGGGCUUGAAAUUAAAAAUGAAAUACAAUUUCCAGGAGAAAUAAGUACUAUGCCAGAAUCUUCUAUAAGUAUUUGGAUUUCAGGAAAUAUUGGGUCUUUUAAUCCCUUUGGCCAUUGUUCUAGUAUAGUUAACCAGUUAUAUAAUCAAGGUAGCGAAUUUGCAGUGUAUAAAAUAAAUGAAUCAAAAACAAUUCUCCCGAAUUUUAUUUUGAGGCUGAAUAAUCAAAUAAAUUGUGGAGCUACUGUGUGAAAUUAUGAAUUUGCAAAAGCUUGCUACUUAUUCCUUGUAUCUAGCAAAAAUAUAAAUAUUUCCACCCUUUUAACCCUAUAUUUAUAUUUGAAAAUUUAAAAAAAUAAUUAAGUUAGAAAAUAAAAAUAAUUUGGGUGUCGCUUAUUUAACCUCUUAUUUGUCUUCUGUUGCUGUUGCAACCUUGAAUUUAUUUAAAGAGCUUAAUAUCUCUAUACCGGUGGUAAAUGGGGUUAACUCUGCUAAAGUUUUGUCAAGCACCAAACUAUAUCCUACAUAUACAAGAAUGGUCAUAAAUACAGAUUAUAUGGGAAAAACAUGGGUAAUUUAUAUGAGAGCAAUGGGAUGAACCAAAUGUGUCGUACUAUAUGCAGAUGAUGCCUAUGAUUUGAGUGUUUAUGAUAUCUUUCUACAAGUUUCGCGCUUUGCAGGUAUAACAAUACUCAAUAAAGAACAAUAUAGAAAAUUCCCGUAUUCUUAUAAUGUCUCUCAAUUGGAAAAUUAUAGAAAAAAUUUUCAAAACGCAAUUGACCAAAAUUGCAAUAUUUUUUUUAUUUUUUUUACAGAUCCUGUGCAUUUAUAUGUGCUUAAUAGUUUAUAUGAAAUGGGACUGAGAAAAGGCGAUGGUGUAUUUUUACUUAGCUCAUUAAGUGGAAGCGAUUUUUUGUAUGCAGCCUCAGAUAUUGAUAUAAGAAAAACAUCAGAACUUUUAUCUGGUGUUUUAUUUCUUUUUGUAUCAGAAUGAGUUGGGAGUUUUGGAAAAGAGCUCCAGCAAGAGUAUAUUGAACGAUAUCCUAAAUAUGGUACAAGAAUGAGAUGCACACAUUUUGAUGCUGUUUUAGCAAUAGCAGAAGCAAUUAAAAUGUUGCUAAGCUUAGGAAAGAACUAUGAAAACUACCAAACUCUUAACUGAGCAAUAAAAAAUCUUAAAUUUAAAGGCUGCUCUGGCCGCGUAAUAAUAGAAAAUGAUUCAAAUGAUAGAAGGCUUGACACAUAUAGUUUAAAUAAUGUGUUUUUAGAUAACUCUACAAAUACAUGAAAAACUGUUGAUGCAGGAUAUUUUGCCCCUGACUCUGGGACAUUUUUUAAAUUAACAAGAAAAAUUGUAUGGCCGACUGGUGAAGAAAUUCCUCCAAAUAUGAAAAGCUUUGAUUGCCCAUUUAGAUCAAGCCAAAUACAGAACUCUACAAAAAGCCGUGGAAUUAAAGCAGGAAUUUGUGCUUUCAUUUCAAUUUUUUCUAUUAUUUUUGCAGUUUUCAACUGAAAAAAAUAUUUUUCUUAUAAAUUGGAAAUGAUUAGCCGAGAGAAAUAUUUUACUGAGCCUGAUUAUUGAGUUCUAACUACUAUUAUAAUAGAAUCUCUCCAAUUUCAAGGAAUUGGCCCUUCAUUUUAUGCAUUUAACCAACUUCUUUAUGAAGUAGUCAGUUCGAGCUCAUAUAAUAUAGAAAGUUUGAUAAAAGGAGAUAUUUUCUGAAAAUUUUUUUAUAGUACGCUAGUUUUUUGUAUCGGAUGACUUUUUAUGAAUUUUUCCAUUUAUUUGGAGCUUAUUCCUUCCUUCCUGUGAAUGAGUAAAAAAGAUUUGCUCUCUCAAAAGGAGCUAAUUAAAUUGAAAUUCUAAUUAAAUUAAAAAUUAAUUUAAUGUGCAAAGUUUAUCAAUCUGCUUAAAAUUCAAGAAAAUUAGCUAGAGAUUUCAUAUAAUAAUACCAUUUAUAUGUCAAAUUAUUUUUAAUAAUUUUUUUCGCUCAAUAAGGUGGGUUUCCUCCCAAGAAUAUUGAUUUUUUCAUAGGUUUUGAUCACAAUUGAGGGCGAAAUUAGCAAUCAUUUUGAAAAAAUUGGGAUAGGGUGGAUGUUUCAAGCUAUAGAAAAAUCUGAAAAAAUAGUUACUCCAUUAAUAAUCAAUAUUUUCUUUCAGCCUAUGAUAACUAUGCUAAUAUCCAUAAUCCAAUGCGAUUAUUCUACAAGUUUAGAGUUAGAGAGCGCCUUUUUAAAUUACGAUUGCUACUCCUCAUGCUGAAAUUCCGAAUAUUUAUCUAUUACGAUUCCAACUCUUUUGAUUCUAGUUUUAUAUAUUUUGCUCGCUAUACAAGCUAGACCAUCAUGACAAGAAGGCCAAAUUAAUUUAAAUAUUAAAUCAGAUCCUGCAUGCAUUAUGAUUAAAAGUGCUUUACAAGUAACUCUGAUUGGAAUUUACAAAACACUGAGAAUAAUCAGCCAAAUCCUCCAUUGCUCUGUAUACUUAUUUUUAAUAGCCUGCUAUUUGAUAUUUAUUAUACAUAGGAAAAAUUUCAAUUAUGAUAGAGCUAAUUUGCUACAAAUUUUUUGCAUAAUUUGUGUAUUUUGGAAUGGAAGCUUAAGUUUAGUCUAUUUAAUACUAAAUUCUGGGCAUUAUAGCAUUUAUCUCAGCAUUCAAUUAUUCGGUCUUUUAAUAAUUAUAGUAUGCAGCCUUAUAAUCAUGCGAAAAUUACCUCCAUCACUAUUAAUUAAAAAAGAAGGCAAAAAAAUUUCAAAUUUAUUUAGGUUUUCUCUGAUGAAUGGCAGCUUAAGCAAUUCCUCAUGCCAUCUAAGUAUGCAAAAAGAAUACGAAAAUUUAUAUUAUUCGAAUUAUAAAGAAGCGCUUGGAGAUAGUUCGAAAAUCAUAGAAUCUGCUAUGCCUAUAAGCUUAAGGAGUUCUCCUGAGCUUGUCUAUAUUUCUGAUAUACAAGAUUUAUUUGAAGAAAAUUCAGGAGGAGUUGAGCUAUCGUAA